UCUAACAUAUGUAAGGACGAAACGUUUGAUCCCGCGGAACCAAUUCGCGUGACUCUCCUGUCUGUGCUCCACCUGAAUUCCACAUGCUGUCCGAUUUGCUUGAGCGCUCACUAUCGCUGUGCGCUUGGCAGUCUCCUAUUUGCGUGGGCGGUUCGCUUAUCUCCAUGUCUCUACUCCUCCUUUUACAACUGCACGCCACCGAGCUCCACAUGCGAUCACAAGUUUCUCUCCUAACUGUAUUCCUCUGCUUUUAUCACCAUGGCCUCUGCAUGCUCAUUUCACGGCGUCGUAGGUAUUCAAAAUGCUACUCGUUAUGCUUUGGAGCCGAAAAAAAACGCUUUGGAAGAUGGAUGGCUUUGUACCCUCUUAUGAUCCAGAAGACGGCGUUGGAGAUCUUCCUGUCUCGAGCAGACUCCAGACUAUCUCGUGAUGUUGACUCAUCCGAACACACCCAGGCCUCAUCGAUUAGAUCUCAAAGUGAAUGCUGUGUGCGCAAUACAACGUAACAUGUCCGUCGAAAACGGAUUGGUGCGAAAUGCGCGAGUCUGCAUCACCGCUCUUCAUCGCAGAUUUGUUGAGGUUUAGAUUCCUCAUACCGGAGAGAUACAUGGCUUGCCUCGGAUCACGUUCACUUUCAAUUCAGCACGUUCAAGCUGGACUGUAAAUCACAAACAGUUUCCUCUGCGACCUGCCUAUGCGACGACAUUCAACGGAUGUCAAGGGCUGACACUAGAGAAAGCCGUGCUUGACUUGCGCACAGAUUCGUUCGCACACGGACAGCUAUACACCGCACUAUCGAGAGUGCGAUGUCGACG